AUGCACUAUCGAGAACUAUGGAUCAGAAGCGUGACGGGAAAGACUCUUGUGGAUAACCUCUUCCAGCAUAAGGAAUCUAUAUUUACCGAAGAAGUAUCCAACUUCGACCUGCCCGAAAGGUUUAAGACACCUGACGCUGUGGCGUGCCGAGCUUUUCCCCUCACCUUGUCAGGAAAGGCCCGAGACUGGCUCAGAAACCUUCCCCCAAGGUCAAUUGAUAAUUUCGACACCCUUGGAAGGAAGUUCCUGGCCCAGUUUGUGUCCGGGAGGGCUAGAAGGAAACCCAGAGGGUAUCUACUCUCUGUACAACAGGGACCAAACGAAUCUUUGAAAUAUUAUCUAUGGAGAUUCAACCAGGAAAAGUUGGAAACAGAAAGUGCGCCAGACGACUUCAUUUACGGCGCGAUUUUCCAAGGAUUGAAGAAAGACGGACCGUUGAUGACUGACCUGGCGUUGAAACCACCGAAGGAUCUCCAUACUUUUAUGGUGAAGAUGGACAGGCACAUUAAUCAGGAGGAAACACUCCGAGCCCUUCUCGGCAAUUCUCAGCAGCAACAACAGCCUUCCACCAAGAAACCCAAGAGAAAGAAGAAUCCCGAGGCCAUAAAGGAUGCCGGUCCCGGGGAGUACAAGAAGGCCAAAAAGAAUUUCGGAGAUUACAAGUGGACUCCAUUAAAUGCCUCUCUCACCGAGGUGCUUAUGGAACUCAAAAAAGAUCCGAAUUACCAGAGGCCGAGGCCCAUUCAAGGAGAUCCGCCUCCACAUUUGGCUCACAAAUACUGUGCCUUCCAUAAUUCAUAUGGUCACCUGACCGAGCAGUGUGUAUCACUGAGACAAUUGAUUGAGAAGUUCAUCGAAAAUUGGAAGUUAGUCUGA